CGGGCAAGAACGACUGUAAGGCUUCGCAUUAUGACAAUUUCGCCAUUACCAUAACCUUAAACCUUUAAAAACUUUCCAUUAAUACACUCCAUACUUAACUUUUAAACUCGCCUCAACGUUGCUCACUCACUGGUUUCCUACAUCCGUCUUUGAAAUUGAACGCGCCAGGCGUUGCAAUCAAUCGUCACCUUAUCAGACACAACAUCAAACAUCAACCUUCAACCUUAAUCUUCUCAUCGAGCACACAUCAACGUUAAGAAUUACCAAAUACAUCUUCCGAUUCAAGGCUGCGACGCGAUGAGGCAGAAAUGAUCAAAUCGAAUACAUGUUCAACAAAAUGGUCAUUAACAAUUAACUAGCCUCCACCGUCCAUCAUCCAUUCAUACCCAGUCCAAUUUCUACGGUCUUGACACUGGCUGUUGUUACCUGAGGUACCUUGGUAGUCGUAGUCGUAGUCACCUUGGCCGGCUUGUCAGCUCGACCGAUCUAGACUGGUCUAUAUUUCAGGAUUUCUGAUAUGGCAGAAAUUCCUAACUCUGAUUCACCAGAUCCUUUAUCGUCAACACCACCCCGACCAGGCCGAUUUGUCGUACAACCUACCAUUUCUUCCAUUUCUACGCCAUCCACGAACAGCGACUUGCAUUCUCUAACAUCUGAGUCUCUCGACCGACAAACACGCGCUCAUCAACAUCAACAUCAACACCUACAUCACCGAGAAUCAUUUUGGAACAAUACCAGUCCUGCAUCCGCAGUUACACCCCCACCCAUGGCGUUCAACGAUGGCAAUCUUAUCGGAUUAAUGAGAGCGGCUGACGACGGCUCCGAUCCCAUUUUCGAACGAUUUGAUCCCGAAGAAGAGGAAAGCCUCUUUGUGAGCGACGAUGAUGACUAUAACGCGGGCGAAUAUGACAACGACGAUCUUGAUCUGAUUGAGGAAAGAAAUGCUGGACCCAGACAAAUAGAUGAGCAGGCUUGGGUAGAUGAUCAUUCAGAUGAUUCCUAUGACGACAAUGAGUUCAUUGGUAUACUGGAGGAGAAUAGAGCUGCAGCUAACAACAACGCUGCACAUCUAGAUGAGCUAGUGGAAAUAGAAGUAAUGCAGGCAGGAAACCUCAGAGGCAACCAAGGACAUCGACAACGGCAACCUCAAGCGCAGCCAGAGGUUAUUGACUUGACGGGCGAUAAUGAUAGCCCCAGGCAGCCUGCUCAACCUGCGCCCCAGAACCAUUCUCAGAACACCCGACGACAACGAUCACAGCAACGACACGCCCUGCCACGACUAGCUCGUAGCGAUGCUAGCUACAUGGAACCACACAAUGUCAUUGAUCUAGUUUCGGAUUCCGAUGAGUCGGAUCCUCCGCAACAUAGCACCAACCCUAGACAUGGGCCCAUCCCUCCUCCCCGUCGUGGUCCUUUGCGAGAAAUUCGGCAUCCAGAACCGCGAGAUCUCCCACUUCCAGGGCGAACCUUCGGUUUUCCCACCCAUCCCAAUAACUCGAUCCGCGAUCUUCAGCAGAUUUUCAAUAACAUACCAUUGUUUCGGUUGAUUAACAACCCACCCAUGGCACAAAGUCGCGACGAGGAGGAUAUUGUCAUCAUGGGACAUCGCAACCUCGCGCCUAACGCUAUGCCGGUGCCGAACCUUCCCCCCAUCAACCUAGAUGUUAGGGUCCAUCCUUUUGCGAAUGCGCCACUCGCGCCCGGUGGCCUUGGUGCUAAGCCCGCACAUGAACCUCCGAAGGAGACGAGAGAAGGUUUUACACGAAACACGGGCGAGGACGUAGUAGCCAUCUGCCCAAGCUGCGAGCUCGAGUUAGCUUACGACCCGGAUGAUGAUGACGUUCAUCAGGGACCCCCAGCAAAGAAAGCUCGUACGAAGAAGGAUAAGGCAGAACAUCAUUUCUGGGCCGUCAAGGCUUGCGGACACGUCUAUUGUCGAGCAUGCUACGAGAACCGCAAACCCGUAGGCAAGAAUCCCGUCCCCGUGGGAUUCCGGCGUGACCCCAACGGCCUUAAGAACCAUGUGCUCUGUGCCGUCGAUGACUGUGAAACGGACGUUAGCGCCAAGUCAGCCUGGGUUGGCAUAUUCAUGUGAUGUCACCUUGAUCGCCUUUUUCAUUAUAGUCAUCUCUCCACCUUAGGUUUCACUAAGCUUGGCUGGGGUCAAAUUCGGGGAGGCUGGAUACCCGAUUUGAAACUAGGUCGCAAUAUCGC